CCGGGCCCAUCAGGUACAUGUCCCCUGUAGGGACCAAUCUUUCUCCAUAUGACAGUGGAGCGACGAUAGCCGGACUGUACUUUGCCUGACUACUGCGGACGAAAGCGGCGAUGAUGAUGCCGAUCGCCAUCAUGAUGAUGGUGACGAUGGCGACGACGGAAAUGACAACCGUGGCAUUGUCUACGGAUAAGAUGUCGUCUGGUCUUGGAGGAGGAGCAGCAUCAGCUACAGUGACGACGAAGAACGCCUGCCACCCUAUUCGCUACUUAUCGAGCCGUGCCGAUCCCCCUCUAGUUUAUACGUAUGAAGUGGUUUCAAAGUGGAAACACGAUCCGAAUGCUUUCACGCAAGGCUUGGUUUACGAUUAUGCGGGCGACUGCCUAUACGAGUCCACCGGUAUGUAUGGCGAGUCGUCGAUCCGACAGGUCGAAAUCGAGACAGGGAAAGUCCAGAAGAUUCGUAGACUGGCUCACGAUCAUUUCGGUGAGGGCCUGACGCUUUUCCAAGGAAAGCUGUACCAGAUGCUUUGGCUCACGAACGCCAUUCUAGCGUAUAGUAAACAGUCUCUGAAGAAAUUGGGAGUUCAGAUGAGCCCUAUGAAAGAUGGGUGGGGCCUUACGGACGAUGGAAACACACUAAUCGGUAGCGACGGCAGCUCCACCAUAACGUUCUUCGAUCCCAUCACCUUCAAGGAGGUUAGGCGCGUAGCAGUUCAUGAUGACGACAUGGAGGUGUCGUCGCUGAACGAGUUAGAGUACGUAAAAGGCGAAAUCUGGGCGAACGUAUGGAUGAAACACUGUAUCGCGCGGAUCUCGCCGAGCGACGGGAGAGUCCUCGGCUGGAUCAUCUUGAAAGGACUUGCACAGCAGGUGGAGUACGAUCGAAGAGCUAGGCGAAGUAUGGAUGUGCUUAAUGGUAUUGCAUGGGACGGGCAGAGGGAGAGGUUGUUCGUGACCGGAAAGUACUGGCCAACACUGUUCCAGCUGAAGAUUGGUAUUGCUGCGUGGGCGGAGGCCGCAGCUACGGUCGAGGAGGCACGGAAACAGUGCAUCCCAACGGUAGCAGAGCGUAGGAGAUAUGGGCUUUCCUAAAGCGUGGAGGAUUAUGCCUGCUCAUGGCGGCAACAUCUAGGAUUUUUGGCUUUUCCUGACACUCUACUGGAUUUUAAGAAGAAUUCCCCCCCCAGCUACGCCUGCCUGCGCGCUUGACGACCUCUGGAGGGUCGGGAGAUGGUCUCUGAUUAACACCCGCUCAGUUGAUGGCCCCCCUGCGAGGUUUGGGCAGAUGGUCUGGUACGCACCUGUUCAGUUGACGGCCUUGAGAGGUAUUGGCAGAUGGUCUGGUAUAUUCCUGCUCAGGCGAUGAUCUUGGGAGGUUCGGCACAGAGUCCGAGGGUUCGGCACAGGGUCUGGAGGUACGGCACACGGUCCAGAGUUUCCGUGAAUGGACCGGAGGUUCGCCACAUUGUCAGGAGGUUCAGUGGAUGAUCUGGAGCUUUGGAAGAUGGUGGUCUGGUCUCCCUGCCCAUUUUCCAGAUGGUCGGUCUGGUCUCCCUGCGCAGUUGAUGGGCUUGGGGGUCGUGGCAGAUGGCUCAGUUGACCUCGGGAGGUUCAAUGGAUAGAGCUCUGAUUCUGUUCUUUCCAGUGAAAGAACUCAGAACCUGGCUGUAUGCAGCACAGCUUUGAGGAGUCUUCAAAAAAAAAGAAAGGGGGAAAAAAAAAAAAAGGGCUUUGAGCCUUUGAGGA